ACUCUGUACUUGCUUAUAUAUACCUAUUUAGUGUUAUUUAUUUCUAACUGCAUCAUAACACAUAAAACACAGUGGACGUAACUCCUCUGUUUCCUCUGUUCUCUGUCAUGGCUAGUUUAGUCUCUGGUGAUAAAGAAGCUCAAAUCUCUGGCGAUCCAGGCAGCAAGCGCGGUGGAUGGAUCACUUUCCCGUUCAUGCUCGCUACUUUGUUAGGCCUUUCCGUGACUUCUUUCGGAUGGGUAAUGAAUUUGAUCGUCUUCCUAAUCGAAGAGUUCAACAUCAAGAGCAUCGCUGCUGCUCAGAUUUCAAAUGUUGCCAAUGGAUGUCUCAGCAUGUUGCCUGUUGUUGCAGCCAUUCUAGCUGAUUCUUUCUUUGGAAACAUUCCGGUCAUCGCGGCCUCUUCUUUCAUUUCUCUGCUUGGAAUCGUUCUCUUGACGCUUAUUGCAUCUUUGGACUACUUGAGACCUCGGCCGUGUGAAGCAGGGUCAGUCCUAUGCACACCGCCGUCAAAACUCCACCUCGGGAUCUUGUACACAGCCUUAGCUUUAGUGACCACUGGAGCAGGUGGGACACGGUUCACCAUGGCAUCCGCGGGUGCAAACCAAUAUGAGAAACCUAAAGAACAAGGAAGCUUCUUCAACUGGUACUUCCUCACACUAUACGCUGGAGCUAUUACUGGUGCAACAGCAAUUGUAUAUAUACAAGACAAUGCUAGCUGGAAACUAGGGUUUGGUCUCUGCGCGGCUGCUAAUUUGAUCAGUUUCAUAGUUUUUGUCUCUGGGAAGAGAUACUACAAGCAUGACAAACCAAUGGGAAGUCCCUUCACGAGUCUAAUCCGCGUUGUAGUCUCUGCUACAGUAAAAAGGAAGGCUGUAAUAUCAUGCAACGAAGAAGACUAUCAUCACUAUGGUCUCGAAAAGGAGGUCAAGACUUCUGCUGCAAUGCCAUCCAAGAGCUUCAGGUUCUUGAACCGCGCCGCUUUGAUGACCAAAGAUGAUUUAAAUCAGAAAGAAGGAUCAGUUAACAACAUCUGGAGGCUAUGCUCUGUACAAGAAGUAGAAGAUUUCAAAGCCAUUCUCCGAGUUUUUCCUCUAUGGUUAUCAAUCAUCUUCGUGAGUACUCCUAUGGUGAUGCAAACAAGCUUGAUUGUACUCCAAGCUCUAGUCACGGACCGCGGACUUGGUCCUAAUUUCAAAGUCCCGGCCGGUUCCCUCCAAGUAAUAAUAAUCAUCACUGCAUGCAUUGUUAUCAUCAUGAACAACUGGCUUGUCUUUCCAAUGUACAAGAAGCUAACUCAUAAGUUGCUGACACCGCUUCAAAAAGUCGGUAUAGGCCAGGUUCUCACCAUUCUAAGCAUGGCACUCUCCGCGGUGGUAGAAGCAAAGAGGCUGAAAACAGUUGAAAAUGGUCAUCCCAUGUCAGUGUUAUGGUUGUUUCCUCCCCUUGUGAUAGUAGGUAUAGGCGAAGCCUUCCAGUUUCCGGCCAAUAUUGAAUUAUUUUAUGGCGAAUUCCCCGAGUCUCUGAGGAACACCGCGACUUCAUUGACCUCGGUGGUGAUUGGAAUCUCUUUCUAUUUGAGCACAGCUCUCAUUGAUCUUAUCCAGAGGACCACAGCGUGGUUACCAAAUGACAUUAACCACGGAAGAGUGGACAAUGUUUACUGGCUUUUAGUCAUUGGAGGAAUCUUGAAUUUCGGCUACUUCCUUGUGUGUUCUUGGGUCUACAAAUAUAGAAACCUCAAGGAUAAUGAUCAAGAACAAGAUCCAAAAGAUGGUACAAUGUAAAGACACAACAUGUUUCUAUUCUAGUUCUCUUUACAUUAAUUCUCUCCUGUUAGCUUUUGUGUUUUCGUAUGUUUUACCACUUCACAUAUGGAACUACAUUUAGAAAAUAAUACUUUCAAACUGAUGCAAGAGAGACAUCAUCUGAUUCUUAUCAAAGUUCUAAGUAAGAAUUGACCUUAUCUUACCCUUUCCCUCUUAUGCAUUUUACGGGGUGUAUUGAAAGUGGAAUUUUAAGAUAUUUGUGUACAAUUUAUAAAUCUUAUGUUAUUUAAACAUG